AGACCGGUCCCCUACCUCUGUUGCGCACGCUACACAGACACGAGGGCAGUCCUGUGCGCGGCAGAGAUUUUGUAAACAAACAUCAUCUUCACCCAUCUGCAGUAUGUAGCCUAUUCCUAGGAUGGAUGUGAACCCAUUUCGUGCAUGUUGAUAAGGGUCGCAUUGCAGAAGUGGAGCCGUGUCUUAAAUCUCGAGCAAGAAGGCCGACCCCCUCUCAACACGUCACAAGGCCAUGGCAGUCUUUCUAGCAGACCAUAAACUUCCAGAGCUGAGGGACCGAAUUCAACACAAGCCAAGAUAUUUCAAGAUAUACAAUGAAGUGAUAACAAAGUUGGACUCAGUGGUCACAGGGUUUGAUUUUGUUGUGGACAAAUGGCCAGACUUCAAGGCAGUUAUUACCAAACCAAAUCCUGAGAUUGUGGAGUUUGAGUUUCUCAACAACAUCUACAAUGUGGCUGCCGAAGAUGAGAAGGCCUUAUCCGAACUUUUAGAACAACAAGGAGUUAUCAACUGGAGUCAGGGCAUUGUUUUUGCAUGUGUGGACACUACAUUUUCCAAAGUUAUAAAUGAAGCAAUAAAAUGUCACGGAGGAAGCAGUGAUCCCUCAGAGCCCUGCUAUAUCCAGUGUGUUACACAAGAGAGUCUGAAUGUCAAGCCGGUUCCAAAUGGCUUCAAGCUGUUACCCUUAACCCAAGAUGAUUCCAAGUUAGUUAACACCGAGUGGAAGUUUACAGGAGGAAAUGAAUCUCUUGCAUACAUCAACAAGCUCAUUACAUGUUUACCUUCCUGCUGUCUGUAUGAUCCAGAUGGCAUCAUUGUUGGAUUUGCCAUGUCCUACCAUUAUGGGGCCCUUGGUAUGCUCCAUGUUAUGGAGGAGCAUCGUGGGAAGGGAUACGCCAAAGUCAUCAUGUCACAUCUGGCACAGAAGAGACUUCAGACUGGCAAGGAAGCAUUUAUUGUGAUUGAGGAGAGUAAUGCUGUGUCCCUCAAGGUUCAUGAAGGACUUGGCUUUAAGCACGUACCCAACAUGAAGGUGGUAUGGAUCAGAUAUACACCCAAAGGGACCUGCAAAGGACCCAAGUCUUGUUGUAUUUGAUCAUAAAUCUGGCAACAUAAUCUGAAACCAGUCACAAUAUCCACACAAUCAGCUUGGGGAAAAGGGGAAAUCAUAAUAUUGGAGCAGAAUAAUACUGUUCAAUAAAACUGCUUCAUAUCACAAAUAUAACAUAUUACUAUUUUGGUGGUGAGAUUGCCUAAUCUGUCAGUGAGCUGAAGCCCUUACUUCUGGAAGUCAUGAUAAACCAAUAUCCUCUUUUGUGAAUGCUGAUGUCAUAUAUCGUCACAUCGAUCAGUUCAAGGCCACUAGUCAUGGCUCAAGAUAAGGAUUGUUCAAGUCGAACUGCUUGGUUUGAAGAAAUGGGUUACAAGCACUUGUUCCAGACAUUCCUGCCAAGUAUAUCAUCUAUUUUGUUUCUUCUCUGUUGGAAAAAUGUAGGUCUUUCUUCUUAAAAGGGAAGUGUACACGCAAAAUUCACUUUCUUUCUUUUUCUAAACAAAACGCAAUUUUAGAAUUAGUUAGUAUCUGUGUUUGAAAAUAUACACUCAUUUUUUUCACAGUGAAAGUAGGAAGCUCACAAU